AUGGACUCGCUAGUCUUCUCCCCAUCCGCUGCUGCUUCGUGCGUGCAGUUCCGGCCUGAACAGCUCCAGCUCGGCGCAGGCAACCCUCUCGGCUCCGGCGCCAUUAGCCAAGUUCUGCAGUGCCGUCUGCGUUGCACCGCUGCCCCGUCGCUGCCGGUCGUGGUGAAGAUCGUCUCCAAAAUUCAGGUGCUGCAGCAGGGUAAGGUGCAGAGUGUCAUGAACGAAAAGGCAGCUCUGCAGCGCCUCGCGCCGUUCCCAUACGUGGUGCGUCUCUACGGCACCGCCCAGUGCGAGGACGAGCUUUACUUUGUUCUAGAGUGGCUGCCCCAUGGCGACCUGCUACAGCACAUCCGAUACGCGGCACAGGAGCGUGUGCGGCAGUACAACGAAAGGAAGGCAGGAACUCUAUCAGCUUCUAGCGUGCCCAGUCCCGCUGCAGUAGCCGGUGGCGCCAGUGGAGCCGUGUUGGCUGGUGCCUCGGAGGCGGAAGCGUCAGCGCCGACAGGUUCCUUCAAACGGACCACCUCAAUUCCGCCAAGCAGCACGGCGCUCCGCUGCCUUGAUUUUAACGACAUCCAACUUAUCGCGGCUCAGCUGGUGCUCGCCCUUGCGCACACCGCCGACAGGGGUGUCGUGCUGCGCGACUUGAAGCCGGAGAACGUUGCGUUUGAUGAGAAGUACCGCGCUUGCUUGCUGGACUUCGACACGGCAGACCUCGAGGGGUCCAUACAUAACCCAGAGACGAACAGCGGCGUAGCAUGUCCUCCACCGGCGGAUGCAGCUGCAAGUGAUGGGGUCGAGGAAAACGAUGGCGGUCAUGGCAAUGCAGCAGCCGAGAGUGGUGGUGCUUCGGCGUCUGCGCCACGGCGCCGGCUCACCGUGUCUGAAAUCCAAAGGAUGCGAAGGAAAACGGCGAGCUUUUGUGGCACGGCGCAUUAUGUCUCACCGGAGAUGGUAGGGGAGUGCAAGUGGAGCUUCAGCAGCGACCUGUGGGCCCUCGGUGCACUUGUGUACGAGCUGGUCUACGGCAAGCACCUCUUUUCUGGCAUGACACAGUUUGAAGUCCUCCAGAAGAUAGUCGACAGCGGAUACAUGGAGAGAGGGAACCUGUUUCCCCGGGUGAACUUUGGCGUCGACGCCGAUGCGGGAGCCGAGCAGAGCUGCAGCUGCCGCCGCUUCGAUUCUGUGAAGGAUUUCAUCCAGCAGCUGCUCUCGACGGACCCGCAGAAACGACUUGGCGUGCACCCCAUCACGCACUGCUUCGAUGCUGCGGCGCUGCGCAGCCACGCACUGUUCGAUGGAUUUCAGUGGGAGCCGGUCGAGGAGCAGCAGCGCACCUUCCGCAUGCGCCGAUUCGACUCGGGAAGCUCGAAGGUGGCGAGCGCUAGGCCUGGUGACACGAGCUCUGAUGCGCCAGAGACUUCAGGUGAUGCCACGGAUACGGCCUUGCCUGCCGCGUUGAAGUCGCUCGCCGCCGCGUGCGUUGAUCCGUCUGCAUCGCUCGCCCCGUAUUACCACCUCCUCCCUUUUAACAACCCUGUGUACGCGGAGUAUGUGUAUCGCACGACGGCGGAUGUGAACCCAUUCGAGCAGCUCUUCACUGAAGAGGGCACCAGGACUGCCCCCGCGGCAGCGGCAACAUCAAACGCCGCAGCAGGCUCAGUGAGUGGCAGCGCACCUGGUGCGCUGCCGACCCCUGCGGUGGAUACCACAUUCAACGCCGCCUCGGCAGUGGACGAGGACGAGGUGGCCGACGUGAUUGAUGAUGUGGGCAUGCACUACACUGGCCGCCCCGCAGAUAAAGACUUCCAGAAGUAG